AUGCAACGUCCAAAGUUCAUCGACCUCCGCUCUCAAUCCCAAGAAACAAUGCAGACCGCUGCAUCUGCCACCUCUCCACGACCCUUUCCCUCGCCCAGGAUGCAGCACUUUGAUGGCGACAUUCCACCCGCCAUGUCCCCUCUGGACAUGUUUGCUGCUCAAAGUCGCUUAUUGGCGAAACAGCUUGAUGAAAGCAUGAGAAGUGGCAGACGUGUGAGCAGACUACCUCCACUAUCAACGACCGAUCCGAUCACGAAGCAGAGGAGAAUGUUUCAGGGGUCAAAAUCUGCCGGCCAAACGCCCCCGGAUUCUGCGCGCACCCCACCGCCACCGAAAGAGGAGGAAUCGAGUGGCACAAUCCCGGAGCUGGAAGAACCGCAAUUCAGACCGAAGUCUUUCUAUCCUAGGAUGAGCCAUGUGCCCCCAAUGGAAGAGGACGACCUCGAAGGGCCUUCGGAAGCGGCCUCUCUUGCGUCUACUGGCAACCAUUCCAUACGAGAUGGAAGAUAUCAGCAGCAGCAGCAGCAGCCACGGGCAAAUGACUACUUUGGCAUGCCUGUUGCGGAAUCUCCAAUGGAGACAACGACCACCAACGUGCACACCGGACCGUCACAUCGAGACCCUAUGCGUGCGCCGCAAUCGAGACAUCAAGAUAGUGCAUAUCAGCCCUUCAAUUUCAAUGAGCCCCAUCGGGGCAUGUCGGUUGAAUCGUCGUCAUCCAAGGCAUCCUCACGGGGCCAACAGUCGCUCCUGCCACCCAAGUCACCACAUAUGAAGCAAGCAAGCAUAAGAUCAAUACCCGCUGACAGCUCGGACGAUGACAACAGUGCGUCGACCACUGGUUCAGGGUUCUCAAGAAACCGAAAACUGUCCUCUAGCAGCAAUGUUUCGGUGCCCAAUUCCCCCUUCGCUCCUUUUGCACAGGCGGCACAUGGCCGAUCGCCUUCUCUGAAUUCGGAAUACUCGAUCGGAGGCUCUCGCAUGCCACGUCCGGCCUUCAAUUUCUCCAGACCAAUCAGUCGCGCCAGUGGACCAUCGAUGGACAUGCCACGGCAACCUUCAUUCGACAGCCGGCCCUCUAUGGAUCAGCCGAGACCUUUCUUUAGCCAGGAGUCGCGGCAAACAUCGAGUGACAGUCAAAGAUUUCUCUUCGUUGAUGAUACAGUGCAAACGCCUAUGAGCAUGGAUGAUGGCAAUGACUCCGAUGUCGCGACAUCCUCCUACAUCUACUCUAAAUUUGCGUUACCCCGUGGACGAAUGACACAAAGAUCGUCAAAGGAAAGUCCAACCAGCGAUGUGCCCUACCUCGAGCGAGAACGCUCGAAUCAGUAUCCGGGUCCUAAGCCUAUGACACCCCUCGCUAAUCGACCUAUGUCACCGGGAUCGCCUUCUUCUUUGCGAUCUCCGCGCCCAUCUGUAGAGCAGCAACCGAAGUUGUCAUUCCAAGAGUCCAACAGAAUGCGUCCACCUCCCACGCCUGUAGCUGAUGACAACGCAUCGCAGUAUACCACCUCAACACGCUCCGAUGCUACCAUAAAACCUGGCUCACGCCAAAUAGCGGCAAUGUCGACGAAUCUUACCGCGGAGGAUCACCUUGCCAAGGGAAUUGCACUGCAUGAAAAAGGCGAAGGACGUGAGUCAACAUACCAUUUGCGUAUAGCAGCGAAGCAAAAUAAUCCUACAGCUAUGCUCUUGUACGCCCUGGCAUGUCGCCAUGGUUGGGGCAUGCGGCCGAAUGAGCAAGAAGGCGUACAAUGGCUCCGCAAGGCGGCAGAUUCUGCAUCCGUGGAACUAGCUGGUGAUGAGGACUCUAAAUCGGGUAACUUCGAAGAGCGAAAACAACGAAGAGCCCAAUUCGCACUCAGUAUCUACGAGCUGGGGCAGAGCCACUACAAUGGGUGGGGCAUCGAGCAAGAUCGGGUGCUUGCUUUGAGGUGCUUUGAGAUUGCUGCUAAUUGGGGUGAUGCGGAUGCCAUGGCAGAAGCCGGGUUUUGCUACGUUAAGGGUGAAGGGACUAAGAAAGAUCUAAAGAAGGCUGCGAAAUAUUAUCGAAUGGCGGAAGCGAAAGGGAUGAGUAUGGUGGGAAAUAGCUGGAUAUAUAAGCCGAAGUACGCGGACGAUACAUCGGAGAAGGGUCACAAUGACCGUCGUGGCCGAGGAGGCGCCAAAGAUUCCACACCUGAGAAGAAACCGCGAGAUAAGAGCAGAACGAGGACUAUUUUCGGUCGGAAGAAGAGCGUCUCGCAACAGCGGCCUUGA